CCUUCCGCGCGACGACCGUUUUCGACGACACACGCCCGGGGAUCGAAGCUGGGGAGGACGCCGCUGUCGAUUCCUCCGGGGGUCGAGGUUGUUAUGGGCGAGCCGAGGACGUUGAGGUCCGCGACGUCGUAUAAGCCCGUUGUGAAGAAGACGAUUACUGUCAAGGGACCUCUGGCAACAUUGAAUCUGGAUGUGCCCGAGUUUGUGGACCUGGUACAGAGCGAAGAGGACAAGACUGCGACGCUGAGCGUGAGGGAUCCGAAUGAAAAAGAGCAGAAGGAGAUGUGGGGCACAUCAUGGUCCUACCUCAGCAACCACAUCACAGGCGUCUCCGAAGGCCACACGGCCAUCCUCCGCCUCGUCGGCGUCGGCUACCGUGCCAGCGUUGAGCAGCGCGGCGCCAAGGAAGAAUACCCCGGCCAAAAGUUCCUCUGCCUCAAGCUCGGCUUCACGCACCCCGUCGAGGUCGGCAUCCCCAAGGGCGUCACCGUCACGACGCCGUCGCUGACGCGCAUCCUGCUCGAGGGGCCUGACCGUGAGGUGCUCAUGAGCUUCGCCGGCAAGGUCAGGAAGUGGAGGCCGCCGGAGCCGUAUAAGGGCAAGGGCGUGUUUAUCAAUGACCAGACGAUCAAGUUGAAGCAGAAGAAGAUUAAAUAA